AUGAAGUCAAUGAAAUUGAUUUUAUACAUAGGAAUUGUCAGCAGCUUCGUGGUCGAGGUCAAUUCCCAGGCACAACGUAAGUCACUUUGUCUUUUUUCUUAAUUUCGUGAAGUGCUUUGCUAUACCGAAUGGAUUGGCAAUUCGCCAAAAAAACUUGAAAAAGCCCUUUGUCGGAGAAGAAAUGGGGAAUUUCUGGGGCAAGAGAGUGCGUCUUUUCUCUGUCUUCUCUGUGAAAUCAAGGCGAAGUGUAAAAAAUCGAUAACGAAGAGUCUAUUCCGGUCACCGGACUCCUCAGUUUGACGUGCGCGGCCGAAAAAGUAUUGUGCUAAAUGAUGCGACUAGCCGAAGGCAGGCCCGGCAUGUUUUGAAAUUUCCAAAAGUUCGGUCCGGUUGCCAUAUCUGACUCCCAAGGCGCUAAAAUUUAGGCUUCUCCGUCGACAGACAGCCAAGAGAACCGCUUUUUUUAUGAGACACUGCGUAAAGUUAGGAGGGUGAGACAGAUGAAAAACUUGUUUUGACCGUAACAUUUCGAAUUUCUUGUUGAAAAAUGUUUUUCUACAUAAUGUUUAAUUGCCUCAUUUCUUACAAGAAAUGUCUUUUUUGAACCGAAAAUCUCGAGAAAACUCUACCUUUUGACCAUAAAAAAUCCGUAAAAAUUGGCUCAUGUUCUCAUUAUUCCUUUUAAAAACGCUAUGCACAAUUCUUGCUAGGGUAACAUCAAAAUUUUAUAUUCCCCUUCAACCACAUGCCUACUAAAAUUCCCCUCAUUUUCGGCCAUUUUUCAGGCCGAGUCAGUGGCCGGGUUCAAGCCGCAAUCGAAGCGACCAAGCGUCGCCAGUCCUACCACAGCCCGGUUGCGGCGGUCGCCACAACGGACAAGUCGCGCAACAACAAAUCGCAGCAGCAGAGGCCAAUAAAGACCGAGGACUUGGACGUCCACAAACUGAACCAGAUGAUAAAAGCGAUCGACAAGUCGUGGGUAUUGCCGCGAACCGGCUCCCGUGAUCCGGUCGGGUCCAAUUUUCAGGCGGUAUGUGGCGUUGUUGUUGCGAAAAAUUGAGUUUGCUUUCAGUACAAAAAGACGUGCGCUACGAUUUACAAGAGCCGAGAAGGGGCUUGUCAGCAGGUCGGGUUCGGAGUCAUGUGCUUCAAUUAUUGCUUCGAACAAGGUGGGUUCUAGCUUUGAAACUUAUGUUACAUAUUUACGAAGCAAUAGCCAGAAUACGAUCUACAGAUUUCGAUGAAAAAAGGCGCAGAUUUACAGGGAAACCACUUGUUUUUUAUCUACAUCUACCGUAGAGUGUAAUUUUUCCACAAAAAAUUGCAAAGGUUCUUUCUUUAUGACCGCUCUCAUCGUUUUGCGUACUCUCUCGGCUGAAAAGAUCGUUGAAUACCGGUUGAGCCUGAACUCUCCCCUUUUCUGAACUUUUCCUUUUUGAACACUCCCCCAUUUUGAAAAUUGAAAAAACGAGGUGUGACAUGUUAUACGAUGAAAUUUUUUUUCAAAUUGAGAAAAAUCAGGUGUGACAUAUUGAACGGCGAAAAAACUUUUAAGAUGUCACACCUUAUUUCUUCAAUUUUCAAAAUGAGGGGGAGUGUUCAAAAAGGAGGAGGGUUCAUUCAAGGGGGAGUGUUCAAAAAGGGGGGAGAGUUCAGAUUGAGGGAAAGUUCAGAAAAUGGGGAGAGUUCUGCCGCAACGUUGAAUACCACGGGCCACGGGCUUUCUUCACAAAAAUUUUAAAUUUGGCCUAUUCCCGACAUGCAGAAAAAAUCAGGGUGAGAGCGACAGUCCAAAAAAGCUAUUGAGAUAAUUGGUGAAAAGAGACGUUCCUUUUACACGACUUGACUUAUGCUUUUCCCUGGGAACGGUGGAGAGUUUUGAGGCUCCACAACAAGUGUGACGUUCAGAUUUACGUUCAGAUUUUUAUUGUUCUGUCGGGAAAGUAAUGAGCACAGUUUUUUGGACUGUCACUCGCACCAUGACUUUUUUCGUGCAGUGCAUGUUCCAAAGAUCACGAAGGACGGAAAGGUCCGCUGCGGAAAGGUCCGCUAAAAAAAAGAAAAGAGGAGGGCGGGGAGGGGGGAGGUUUUCGAUGGCGCUGAUUUCGAAUAUCGUAUCCAUUUUUUCUGAAUUUUACAUUUUUGCUUAAGCAGUAGUGUUAAUUAGUAAUUAAAAAAAUUUUUUUUUUUUGAAUAAUGGAUUUAGGGGUUUUCGGUGGUGCUGAUUUUGAAAAUCGUAUCCAUUUCUUCUGAAUUUGUCCCUAUCUUCCUCAAUUCUUUAAAAUAAAUGUUUUAAUUGGUAAAAACUUGGUCAAACUUUUUAUAAUAGUGUUGUAAGAAAACUUAUGACGCUUUUUUCGUUUUUACAGCGAAAAUGACACUACUGCUUAAGCAAAAUUGUAAAAUUCAGAAAAAAAUGAUAUGAUUUUCGAAAUCAGCGCCAUCGAAAACCUCCCCCCUCCCCGCCCUCCUCUUUUCUUUUUUUUAGCGGACCUUUCCGUACUCACAAGGGAAGUACCCCAAGUGCGACGCUCAGAUUUUCUUUAAAUUUUGCACACUCGUCGGGUAUCGGGUAUGGACUAAAUAUCAAUUCCUGAAAGUUUUAGCUCGCGCUUUGCUGGCGCCGCCGAGAUAUUGAACGAUUUUUGCCGCCGAGAGAGCACGCUAAACGUGGAGAGCGGUCAGAGAGAAGAGCGCUUUUUGGCCAUAACUUUGGCAGUUUCGUCCGGAAAAAUUUGAUUUUUUGUAGAAACAUUUCCCUUAAUGGUAUAAUUCGGCAUGAAACUUUUUGUGCCAAAAUUCGGCAAAAAGUCCUAAAUUUUCGCCGACUUUCGAUCUAAGAAUCUCGGUUUUUUCUGCAAAGCGCGAGCUAGGAUUCUCGCAUAUAUCUUAGAAAAAAUUAUUCUAAAUUUGUGCCAAGUUUCAUCAAAAUCUGAGCGUCGCACUUGGGGCUCCAGCGACCUUACGAACGAAAAUAUCGGUCUGUCGGGAAAAUAAUGAGCACUAUGUCGCAUCGAAAAUUAAGAAAAUGAAUGUGUCGCGGCAAAAUAAAAUUUUCACUUCGCGAUCGGCGCAACCACUCUGUGCUCAUUAUUUUCUCGACAGACUGAUAGUAUCUCCCGAAUAAUUUCCCAAUUCUUCCCAUUUUCAGGUGAGCAAAUGUCCUACAAAUGCCAGGACAUUAGCGACUCCACCUACUGCAAGACCAACUCCAAUUUCGAGUCGUUUUUGGGGAAGCACAAAAAAGACUCGUACAAGGUCAAAGCUUUUAUUCAUCAAGUAAGAACACUUUUGAUUUUCGCAAAUCUCAUUUAAACUUUACAACGCCAUGCGAUUUAAACUUUUUUCUGCAAAUUCAGAUGAUCAGUCGAUGUUACGCAACAACCGUGUGCAGCGCAACGGGAAUCUUCAGCGAAGCGGUGAUGAACAAGAUCCUUGGGAAUGGGUCGACGACCGCCGGAGCAACGGCGUCGCCGAAGGAGAAAAAGUUGAUCAAAGCGAACAAGAAGGCGUCCACGGACAUUAAGGUUGGAUUUUUAGGCAUCGCUUAGUUAUCAGUCUGUCGGGAAAAUGGUGAGCAACUUUGUCGCAUCUAAAACCGAAUCACCGCCGAGAAAAUGAAUUGUGUCGUGACAAAAUAAAAUUGCUUUUCCCUUCAGCGACGCGUUUCGCGCAGCGGCAGAGCGUUCAUUAUUUUUCCCACAGAUUGAUAGACCAAAAUUUGCAUAAAGCAAGUCAUACUUAUCCCAGAAAAAAUCGCAGACAAUAACACAAAGCAUGGUUGGUAUACGACACACAGGCCGAAAUAUUACAAUACGCAGAUAAAAACUAGAGAACAAAAAUGUUCGACCUAAAUUUUUUCGGAUUUUUUUGAAGAAUUUUUCUCUGACAGAGAAGUACAUCAAGUGCGACGCUCAGAUUUUGAUGAAACUUGGCACAAAUUUAGAGUAGUUCUUUCUUGGACAUAUGCGAGACUCCUAGCUUGGGCUUUGCAGAAUCCACCGAGAUUUUUUAGAUUUAAAGUUGGAUAACAUGUGUUUUUUUGCGAAUUUUGCCACGAAAAGUUUCAUACCUAUAUUUUUUAUCGUACGUUUCCACAAAAAAUCAAUGUUUUCCGCACUAAACUGGCAACGAUAUGGCCAAAAAAUGUUUAUCUCUUUGACCGCUCUCCUGUCCGAGUUUUGCACACAAGUCGGGCAUGAACUGUCAAUGUCUCAAAGUUUUAGCGCCCACUUUUCCGGGCGCAGCCAGAGAGAAAAACACUUUUUGGCCAUAACCUUGCCAAUUUCGGGUGAAAAUUUUUUCUUUUUCUGGAAACAGUAUUCUCAGCAGUAGAAUUAGGUAUGAAACUUUUCGUGCCGAAAUUCACCAAAAAGUAUCAAUUUUUCUCCAACUUUCGAGCUAAAAAUAUCGGUUUUUUCUGCAAAGCGCGAGCUAGGAUUCUCGCAUAUAUCCUAGAAAAAGUUAUUCUAAAUUUGUUCCAAGUUUCAUUGAAAUCUAUGCGCCGCACUUGGGGUACUUCCCUCAUUGAUACCCUCAAUACAAUCUCUCGCUAAAAAUACAUUCAUAACCUUUUGAUCCUAAUAACCCUCAACCUCCUAGGCUGCCGGUACAAUGCAACGAAAUGGGAAGCCCAACAUUUGGGAGCGUUUCGCGGCGCAACAACCCAAUCGUCAACAAGCGACACGCGCGCCGGAAGACACCUCCAAUUCCGGAGUAAUCGGCCCAUCGCCCGCCGACCCCUCGGAUCAGCCGAAAAUGGUCCCGUUCUGGCAACGAUUAUUGAAGCGGAAAAAGGAGAACACGACGACGACAACUACGCAACGAACUCCCGAACCCACAACCGACCCCAUCACCGAGUAUCCGGAGGAGGAGGUGGUGGAAGAGGAGGUUGUGACGACCACUACGCAAGCCCCGACAAAGCCGAAACGAAGGAGGGUGAAGCAGAAAAAGGUGAAGACUACAACAACAACGACAACGGAAGCGACGGACCUGGUGCCGGAGGAAGUGCCAGAGGAGGAGGAAGAGGAAUACGUGGUGGUCUCGCAGAACAAACCGUAGGACACAAAAUACCUAGUUUUUUUUAAAUAUCAUUGUUUUAUAUAGGUUCUGUGGCCGACCUGGUCCAGUGGCAAAAAACGUACCAUUUUGCAUCCGGGCAGUGUCAAAAAAUGUGGCAAAAUGCCUCCCUCUCGAACUAAAAAAACUCCAUUUUGUAGAGCGCGCCCUUUUCCUCACAAAAAAAGCGGGCGCGCUUUUGAAAUCGGAAUUUUUUCACUUGGAGAGGGAGGUAUUUGAUACAUUUUUUAUGCUUCCCGGAUGCAAAAUGGCACGUUUUUUUUCCAUUUUUUUGCCUGCUACAUACAGUGGGGGACCUGAUCCAGUGGCAAAAAAACGUAUUAUUUUACAUCCGGGAAGUAGCAAAAAUGUGGCAAAAUACUUCCCUCUCUAAGUGAAAAAACUUCGAUUUCAAAAGCUCGCCCUUCAAAACGAAGUUUUUUCACUUGGAAAGGGAAGCAUUUUGCCACAUUUUUGAUACUUCCAGGAUGCAAAAUGGCACAUUUUUUGCCACUGGAUCGGGUCCGCCACCGUAUUAGUUCUGUCGGGGAAAUAAUGAGCAAAUGUCGCUGCGCCAAUCGCGCCGCCGAAAAGCAAUUUGGUUCUGUCGCGUUCAAUGCGACAGAGUGCUCAUUAUUUUUCCGACAAUGUGAUACUACGCUUUUUGAGCCACGACAAAAAAUCUACUUUUGAAGCACUUUUGAAAAAGACUUUUUGUGUUUUGCAAAAUUCUUGCAGCCACUAACAAUGCCGUUUCAGUGAGCCCACCGCCGUCUCGAAGCACACUUGGAAGCCGUUGCAGAAGACCUUCACUUCGAAGCCGUUUAUUGCUGCUCAUUCGAAUCUGGGCGAAAUCAUCGAGCAAGUGGAGAAGGGCCAAGACCCUCCGGGUGUUAGUAGCCACCACGAGCCGGAGGGUUUCUGGAACAAAUUCCAGCCCGGACGAUGGUUUCAGUCGAUACAUUACAUGACAAAUACUGGAUAA